AUGAGGCAUCCUCGGAAUGUGUUUAUUAGAAUGUCUUCGGAAGAAAAUUGCAUGAAGGCCCUUUCACGUGAAGUUAGCGAUAUAGAUGGGGUUCCAUAUCGUCCGUUCCACUGGACAACAGACUUUAAAGAAGAAGAAGAACCAUCUAUUGUACCAGUUUGGAUCGUCUUGCCAGGUUUGCCUCCUAACUAUUAUCAUGAGUCUUUUCUUAAAAUUCUUACAGCCCCAAUAGGUAGAUUUAUUAGACGUGAUAAUCCCACCCGUUGUGCCACUCGCACUGACGGUGCCCGUAUAUGUGUGGAAAUGGAUGUUGCAAAGGAACCUUUGCCUCAUUUUUGGAUUGGGACGCCUGGUCUGGGGACUAGCUGUAAGCAAGAAAUAAUUUAUGAAACUCUGCCGGCGUUCUGUUCGAAGUGUAAAAUACAGGACCAUAAUGCAAAGACAUGUUGUGCUAGGAAAAAAAUUACCGGAUCCAAGGUAUGGGUUCGGCAACAAGAAACCGUUGUGGAAGAACCGAAUGAAAAUAUGAAUACAUCUGUUGUGGAAGAGCCAGUUGUGGAAGAACCGAAAGAAAAUAUGAAUACACCUGUUGUGGAAGAACCUGUUGUGGAAGAACCAAAGGAAAAAGAAGUUGAAGCAAAUCAAGAUUCUGAGGAAAAUCUGGUGAUAGGUGAAUCCUCCACACCUUUGAUUGAGGAGUUGGAACCGGAAAAAGAUCAUGAGGAGCCUCUUGAUAUUGAGGGUCCUACGGAGGAAAUGACUAAUCAGGUGUCUUCAGCAAGGAAAGACGGAAGAGUGGAUGCCCGGUUGAAAGAGGCGGAUGUUGGUGGGAAAAUCUGGGUAUUUUGGAAAGAUGAAAUGGACGUGCAGUUUGUCCUGAUGGGAUCGCAGUAUUUGUCUUUACGUAUAAAAGACGGAUCUGCACAUUUUUUGGGUAAUUUUGUCUAUGCUAAGUGUAAUAGAAUUGAAAGACAGUUGCUUUGGGAGGAGCUGAAUUCGGAUAGAAUUGGUGUGGAGCCUUGUUUGUUUGCUGGAGAUUUUAAUAUAAUUCGUUCGGAUGUGGAAAGGUGUGGUAGUCGAUCAAGGACAAGAGCUGCAAUGGAUGAUUUCAAUAGAUGGAUUCAUCAGGGUGGGUUGAUGGAAAUGAGUUCACAAGGGGGAAAGUUCACAUGGUGCAAUGGUCAGCAUGGAUUAUCUAGAGCUUGGGCAAAGUUGGAUAGAGUAUUGCUUGAUGCAAAUUUACUGUCAGAAUUUCUGAGUGCACAUUGCUCGUAUCUAUCACGGACAACUUCGGAUCAUAGUCCUAUGUUUAUAGAGUUCUUGAAAGAUCCUUUGACUUAUGACCCUUCUCCUUUUCGGUUUCAACAAAUGUGGGUUGAACAUCCUAUUUUAUGA